AUGGGUCGUCUGGCACCUACAAGGCAGCAAGGUUUUAAAGGUGGCAUCCGUCCGAGGCGUCAUUACCAAGCUCGACGCCAGAGCAAAGUUUUAAAGGUUAAGAUGCUAUACGUGUUUUGGUCAGGUUCAGCGUGGUCUACACUGGCGCAGGACACUCGUUUGAUGAGGCAUUUGGAACAUUUCACUAAUGUUCGUAAUCCCGCUGCUGUCAGCAACGAUGCAGUGCUGGAGGCUCGAGCCUACAUCAAGGACCAGUUUAGCCAGUACGGACUCCAAGUCCGCAUUAACCAGUUCAGCACUAAUGUGGUCGUUUUCAACCAGGAAAGGACGGUCAUAGGCCCGAAAAUAAGACAUCGACUUUUCCCUUUCGGUCUGCCUGGAUCGUACCACUUUCUGCACCAGUUUCUGUGGCCUUUCCUCAACCAGUCAGCAAAUAACUUUCAAGGAGCCAUCAUACUCGACUCCAUCUCAAAGUUCAGUGAGAGGAACAACACCCAGUACCUCCCUCCUGGCUUCGACCUGGCGUUCCCUGAGGCUCGUCACAUAGGCACUCAAGGUGCCAAAGGUAACUUCAUGGCACUCUUCAGUCUUGGCUCCGCUGCCAUCCAGCGCCUCACCAGCACCAUCAUCAGCAGCUACAGUAGGGAUCCCAAGUCCCGUAUGAUGCGAAUCCAGGAGCUUUUGGUAAACAGCAAUGUAAACCAAGGCAGCACAGUACCAAUGUUCAAUCACCAGUCCCACUUCAGCUUCUGGACCUUCCAGCCAGCGGACACUCCUGUGUCGCUGCCUGCCGUCCUGCUCACUGACACGGGUGUGUAUCGUAGCCCCGGAGAAGAGUGCAGCAUCCCGUGCUCAGCACAAAACUUCCUAACACCUACUCGACACGACUUCAUCAGGCUGACUACGAGAAGCCUGACCACCGCCGUCCUGCAACUCCAGGCUGAGCGCACCAGCAGCAGCAGCAGUCAGUACCACCUCUACACAAAUGGUAUACAACACCUGCACUGGUAGUAAUAUAAUGAAUGA